ACCAUGUCCGGCCGCGGCAAGGGCGGGAUUGGCCUUGGAAAAGGUGGAGCCAAGCGGCACCAUAAAAUUCUUCGCAACAACAUACAAGGUAUCACUAAACCCGACAUCCGGCGACUGGCACGCCGCGGCGGAGUGAAACGUCUGUCCGCUCUCAUCUAUGAAGAAGUCCGCGCAGCGCUUAAAGUGUAUCUUGAGGCUGUGAUCAUGGUCGCGGUGACUUAUACUGAACACGCCAAGAGGAAGACAGUUUCCGCAAUGGAUAUCGUGUACGCUCUGAAACACCGGGGGUGUACUUUGUAUGGUUUCGGUGGCUAA